CUUGAAUUUGCCCUGUGCCCUGGAGCUUCCUAGUGAGAACUAGCUUGGGACCAGGAGAAGACCCCAGAUUUUGGGGGCAGCAAGGGCAGCAAGCGGCAACAUGGAAUCCUUCUCCUUCAGUGGGGAUUUAUCCAAGUUCCUCUUCUUGUACAACUACACCUAUGACUACAGCACAGCCAUGCCCGACACUGCUAUCUCCUCUGCCCCGUGCCGGCCUGACACCUCCGUUCUCAACAAGUACCUGGUGGUGGUGAUCUACUGCCUCGUCUUCAUCCUCAGCGUGGUGGGGAAUGGGCUGGUGGUGCUGGUGGUGAACUCCAGCCACACCAGCCGCUCUGUCACCGACGUCUACCUGCUCAACCUGGCUGUGGCAGACCUGCUCUUUGCCUUCAGCCUGCCCCUCUGGGCUGCCUAUCGAGCACAUGAGUGGGUCUUUGGCACUGUGAUGUGCAAAGCGAUCUCUGUGUUGCAGGAGGCCAACUUCUACAGCGGCAUCCUGCUGCUGGCCUGCAUUAGUGUGGACCGCUACCUGGCCAUUGUCUAUGCCACCCGGGCCGCCACCGAGAAGAGGCACUGGGUGAAGUUUGUUUGCUUGGGCAUCUGGGUCUUCUCUGUGCUGCUUUCAUUGCCUGUGCUGCUCUUCCGUGAAGCUUUCACUUCUCCCAGCAAUGGCACUGUGUGCUACGAGAGCAUCGGCAACGAGGACACGACCAAGUGGCGCGUGGUGCUGCGGGUCCUGCCGCAGACCUUUGGCUUUGCCCUGCCCCUCUUGGUGAUGCUCUUCUGCUACGGUGUCACCAUCCACACCCUCCUGCAGACCAAGAAUGCACAGAAGCAGCGGGCCAUGAAGGUCAUCUUUGCCGUGGUGCUGGUCUUCCUCAUCUGCUGGCUGCCUUACAACAUCACGCUGGUGAGCGACACUCUCAUGAGGACAAAGGCCAUCACCGAGACCUGCGAGCGGAGGAAUCGCAUUGACACAGCCCUCUCCGUCACACAGGUCCUGGGCUUCUCCCACAGCUGCAUUAACCCCAUUAUCUACGCCUUUAUCGGGCAGAAGUUUCGCAACAGCUUCCUCAAGAUCUUGGCACAGCGUGGGCUCAUCAGCAAGGACACUGUGGCUCGCUACGGCCGUGCCUCCUAUGCCUCCACCUCUGGCAACACCUCCACCACCCUCUGAGCCCUGCUGGGGCCCGAACCUCAUGGCUCCCAGCAGGUCCCAGCACCUCACACCCACCAGCAUUCUUGGCCAGCCCCCAGGAUGCAGGUGGCAAUGCCAUGGGGAUGGGCAGGGCCACCACUGGAUGCUGGACCCUGGCUGGAAAGGGGCUUGUGCAGUGAGCCGGUACAACCCCAUUGCCAGGGGAGUGAUGCCAAAU